AUGGACGGCGGCAACCAGCAGUCCCAUUACGGAGGCAUGCAGCUCCCGCCUCUUGGCGCCGGCCAGAGCAAUGGCGGUCACGGCAACAUGGGCCACCACGCCUACGGUUACGGCCAAUCGCACGCCAUGCCAUCCCAGCUGUCGUAUCCUCAGCACUCGCCCAACCCUUCGCACGCUCACCUCUCGGGCGGACAGAACACAGGCCCCAUGUCCAUGUAUGGCUAUGGUGUUCACCACUCAUCGCCGCAGCAACACUACUCUCACGUCCCAGGACAGGCCGCUCACGGCGGAAUGGGCGGUAUGGUUGGUGGCGCCGGCUCUAACCCCAUGAUGGGUGCCCCCGGCGGAGGCUCUUCCGGUGAUUUUGGCAACCACGGCUUCGGCCAGCAGUCGCACUACCACCAGUACUUCCAGCCUCAGAACCUGCAGAGCAUCUCGCCCAGCCAGGCUGGCGCUCCUCCCUCGGCCGGCGCCGCUGCUGCUCCCGCCGCCGCGGCUCAGGCUAGCACAAAGGGCGGCAAGAACGCAAAGGCUCCCAAAGCCCCCAAAGCCCCCAAGGUUGACAAGAAGGCUGCCGCCGCCGCUGCUGCUGCUGCUGCCGCCGCCGCCGCUGCGCCCGCAAAGGCUGCUCCUGCAACCAAGGGCAAGGCUGGCAAGAAGGGAGCUAGCGCCGACGCGCCCAAGGCCAAGUCUAAGGCGCAUCCAUACGCCCAGCCCGAGCCUGUCGCCGAGGCGAAGCCAGCCAAGAAGCCGAAGAAGAGCGAGGACCCCCCCAAGCCCUCGACGCUCAAAUCGCGUCUCAAGCCGCCUAAGCAGGCGCCCUCCGCGUGGCAGAUCUUCUUCACCGAGGAACUCCAAAAGAUCAAGGCGCAAAGCCCCGACGAGCGUCUCAAUGUUGCGCACGUUGCCAAGGACGCCGGUCAGCGUUAUGCCGCUCUUCCCGAGUCCAAGAAGCAGGAGUUCCACCAGCGCAGUCUCGAGGCGAAGGAGGCAUGGGAGCAGGAGAUGGCUGAUUGGAAGGCCAAGCUCACGCCCGAAGACAUCCGCCAGGAGAAUCUCUAUCGAUCCGCUCAGAGGAAGGCCGGCAAAUCGAGAAAGGGCAAUCUCAAGGACCCCAACGCUCCCAAGAAGCCGCUCUCCGCCUACUUCUUGUUCCUCCGAGCCAUCCGCGCCGAUCCCAACAUGACGCAGGCUGUCUUUGAGGGUGAGCAAGAAACCACGAAGCAGAGUGUCCUUGCUGCCGCCAAGUGGCGAAGUCUCAGCGAGACCGAGAAGCAGCCUUACUUGGACCGCGCCGAGGCCGACAAGGCCCGCUACGAGCGCUUGCGCCGCGAAUACGAGAGCAGCAACGGUCUCGAAUCCUGA